UGGCUGCUAGUGAUUAUAUAUACAUAUAUUUUUUUGUUAAUACAGGCUACCUACUUUACUGCCACAUUCCCCUUCGUCUUGCUGGUGGUACUGUUUUUUAGAGGUAUGACCCUUCCUGGAGCAUUUCAUGGUGUCAAAUACUACCUGUACCCUGAUCCCUCUCGGCUAGCUGACCCACAGGUCUGGAUGGACGCUGGAACACAGAUAUUUUAUUCCUAUGCCAUUUGCCUGGGGUACAUGACCACAUUUGGAAGUUACAACAAGUACAACAACAACUGUUACAGAGACUCCUUCUAUCUUUGCUUGCUGAACAGUGGGACCAGCAUAAUGUCUGGAUUUGCCAUUUUCUCCGUUCUGGGCUACAUGUCAGUAAAGCAGGGAGUAGACAUUUCUGCUGUUGCUGAGUCAGGUCCUGGACUCGUCUUCAUUGUCUACCCACAAGCCGUAACUCUGCUGCCUUGGCCUCAGGUCUGGUCUGUGUGUUUCUUCUUCAUGAUCAUUUUACUGGGAAUCGAUGGGCAGUUUGCAGGACUUGAAAGCAACAUGACCUCUUUGACAGAUCUUUAUCCUUCCUACCUCCGAAGGGGAUACCGCAGAGAGCUUCUUCUGAUGCUGCUCUGUGUUAUUAGUGCUCUGUUGGGCUUAUUUAUGGUCACAGAGGCAGGAGCAUACAUUCUGCAGAUCUUUGAUCACUAUGUGUGCAGCGGCCCCACCCUCCUUCUGAUGGCAAUCUUCCAGUCAGUGAUCAUUGGAUGGAUUUAUGGUGCUGCACGCUUCAGUGACAAUAUUGAGGACAUGAUUGGUUACAAACCUAUGCCACUGUUCAAGUACUGCUGGCUCUACAUCACCCCUCUUAUUUGCAGUGCCACUCUUGUAUUUUUACUUGUGAGAUACACUCCAAUGAGGUUCAACAAAACAUAUGUGUAUCCUUGGUGGGCUUACUGGAUCGGCUGGUUUCUGUCCAUGUCAUCAUUGUCUUUGAUCCCACUUAACAUGAUCUUCAAAUUGAUGAAAGAGAAAGGCUCUCUCUGGCAGCGAUUCAAGAAAACCUCCCUGCCUGCAGACGACCUUCCAGGGAUGGUGAAGGAAGUGCCAAGUCUCAACACAUUGAUGAGUGCUCAGAACAGGGAACAAAAUGAUCCCAUGCUUUAAAAAUCUUAGAAAAUAUCUUUCCCCAAAAUACAACAUAUUGGGUAAUGGGAUUAAAAACAUUCUCAGUAUACAGUCGGUAUCUAUUUCAAUAUUUUCUACAUAUCGGUCUUUUGGGGGCAGUUUUUGGAGCACGUUUUCUAUCAUUCUGCCAACAACAUCUAGAAUCUCAAAAAAACAGCACUGGAUUGUAAUUAAGAACACUCAAUGAAAAUAUUGAAUCUAUGUUAUAUUUCUAUAUAGAUCAACCUGGUUAGAUCUGCUUGCCCUCUUUCUUAGAUAACUUGGCAAAAUAUGACAAAAAAAAAAAAAAAGAAACAUCCUUAAUGUAUUAAAACCUUGCAAUGUAGCGCCUCACUGCGCUUUGGGGGUGCUCAAUACUUGUAACAUUAUAAAACAAAGGAAAAAGAAGAUUUAUAUCUCGUCUAUCCUCCAAUGAAUCUUUUUCCAGGAAAUAAAAUUGGAAUCUUGUUUAAAGAUUGGAAGCACAAAUUUGGAGAGCCUACACUAAACUAAGAUCAUUUUGUUGUUUAAAUUUGACUCUUAGAAAUAUAGUUAAAAGGAAAUUUACAAAAAGUCUUAUGAGAUCAAUAUAUUCUAUGUGGUUGUAACAUUGCUUCUUGGCAGUAAAUGUUACACAACUGGAAAGGUUAAGGAUUUCCAUUUAACUCCUGGCACAUUUCCAAGGGAUACGCCUUUGUUUGUUGAGCAGCAGAAGUGAGUGUGAUGGCCCAUGCAAAUCUGUCCGAAUUCACCUUGCCUUUUAGCCUGAUGAACCAGACUAAAUAUGACAUUAAAUGUGUAAUUUAGUCUGGCCCCCAUGAAUGAGGCAUCGGAAGAUUGUUGAUGAGAACAACCCGUUGUUUUUCAAACCAUGUAUGUGCCUAUUGGCCAACGCUCAGACCAAUAAGCGCAACUGACUGACACAGUAAGGGUGACAGAAAGCUGGUGGGGGAGUGUAAAGAAAACAGCCUGUUGGUAAAACGGUGAAUACGUCCUUGUUAAAAAUGAAUGAGCGUAGAGUCUCUUCCUGCUCAUGUUUCAACGAAAAACCCAGGUCAGAUCCUUCCAAAACUGAUUCCAAAGCUGAGUCAAACGAUGGUUUGUUUGCUUAGUUGUUGCUAUCUUCCUUGUUGCGCUUUCUCCAGCGUCGCGCAGCUUUGUCGUUACGCCCUCAAAUCCCUGCCUGCUUUGCAUCCAGAAAUUAAAAACACAUCUCUGCGUUGUGAUUGGCCCACCAGUUCUAGGGCCCGGGGCAUUGAUCGAGGCUAGACCAACUCGCAGGCAAAAAUGAAUUUGGCCGCUGGCGGGUGGGGCUAGUUUACUAGGCUACUUGCCUUUUACAAAUAGCGUUCAGCCAAGCCAGUAUAAAGAUGGGAGGUCACCUUCUCAUCACUGGAAUAGAAGGGCUUGUCAGAGGCAAUCUCAGUGAAGAAAGGAAGCAACCAGUGGCAAUCCGAUCUCUCAUUUCCGUACACUGGAAUGUAAAAGUGAAGCACAUGUAUUGCCUGCAUCCGGAUUUGGGAGCCUUAAGGAUGGACUGACCAACCUGUAGUCCUGACCUCUUUGCCACUGUUAUUUCGAUGUGCUUCUUGACCACUACCACCUAAAUGAUUGACUUGUGAUAAAUACCAUGUCUAUGAAUCGGAUGUCCUCCCAUGGCAGUGUGUGUGACCAAGCAGGACUUAGUGUGUCCACGGCCUAAUUAAACCAGAAUCUGUUAAAUGACUUAAUUUAUAAAUCUGUUAUUUCCAUUAACUUCCACCAUCCAGUCUAAUCACACUACGCAUGACUCAACCGCAGAAUAAUCUGUAAAUUUUUUGUAGAUGCAACCUACGUGGCUUAGAGGAAAAUUCAGUGAUCUUGUAAUCCGAAAGUUACGAUUUUGAGUUUAGUUCUCCAAAUGUUGAACUGCCCCUGGGCAAGGCAUUUAACCCCAAGCAGCUGCCUGUGGAUCUGUGUAGAAGUCUAUAACUGUGCGUACACUUGAAUGAGACCAACUGGAAGGUUGUCCACUUUGAGUGUCAGUUUGACAUUAAUAUAAAGAUUUAGUCUUGUAAAAAAAAUU